CAAGUGUGUCCGUUACAUUUGUGAGGCGACAGCUUCUAGGUUCACUUCGAAAUUAGCUCAAUGGAAGCUGACCCAGCAAUAGUUUUGGAAUGGUUAGAUCCUGUAAACGACGAACUUAGAGAGCUACAGCUUACAGCAUUGGAGCAACUGUGCAAUGAAGUUCUUUUUUCGGACAAUAUUGAUGUUUUCUUUGAGCGCUAUCCACCUCGUCUCUUCAUACCCGCUUUAUGUAAAAUAUUUUUGGAUGACUUAGCUCCCGAUUCUGUUUUGGAGGCAAAUGCUCGAGCCCUCACUUACUAUCUGGAUGUUAGCUUGGACUGCGCCCCACGAAUUGCACGAUCGCCAAAUGUAUUGACGGCUAUGACUUCAAGAUUAGAUGCAGUUGAUAUGACAUCUGCAAAAAGUAAUGAGCUUGGACAGCAGAUUAUAAAAAUGUUGCAGCUUAUUUGUACACGAGAACCUGGUGCAGUGUAUACAGCUGGAGGAUUGACUUCUGUACUGCGUUAUAUACGUCUUUAUCCACAUCUGCUUCAUGCUGAUGUUCUACAGGCUGGAAUGGAUAUUAUUAGACGGUUGUUUACUAGAGCAGACCCGACAGACAAGAAUCUAACCAGUUGGAUUGAUGCUUUAAGUUCACUUUUAGACCGUCGAGAAACAGGUGUUGCUGAUCAAGCAUUACGUGCAUUUGCUAAUUUGGUAGCUCGUUUUACACGAACAGGCACUGACCCAAGUCCACUAGCCGAUUCUCAUAUUAUCGAUUGUCUUCUUCAACGCCUUCGUGUUGCUGGUGGUGUGGAAGCUGAUAAUGAAUUGAUAGAUUCUUCCGGCUCCAAUUUUCCAACAGAUACAUCUGGCAAUGGUCGUGAUGGUCUUUCUUCAGUCGCAACUGAAAGUAAUCCAGUUGCAGUACAUGCAGUCACCAAUAUUCUAACUUCACUUUGUUGUAAUUCUGUGAGUAUAACACAUAAACUUCUAACUAGUGAUGGUCAAUUUGCUAUGACAUUGGCAAUGGUUGUUCAGCGUAGCACUGAUGAAUUAGUUGUUCUUAGUGUACUUCGGCUGAUUGAAAUUCUCUUGGUACUACUGUAUCAAACUCAAAAUAAUCAGUUGAAAUCAAGGGAAUCAUCACCAAUAAAAGAACAAGCCUGUGAUACUUCUUUACCAAAUGUUGUCGAAUACGAUGCUUCCAAUCAAAUACAAAGUCAAUUAUCUAAAUCAAAUGAAUUUCAAACCUCUGUAUCAAUUAUUGAACAUGCAGAAAAAUCACAAAAUACAUCGCAAUCUGAACAUACUAGCGAAACUCCUUCGGAGUCUCAGCAUUCUUGGGAAGGGGAUGCCAUACAUCGUCAUUUUAUUGAAGCUAUAAAACGACAAGAUUUAGAUUUUAUGAAACGCAGUUUAAAGUCGGGUAAAAUCGAUGUCAAUUACAUGGAUCACUUAGGACAAACUUUGUUAAAUUGGGCUGCUUCAUUUGGUUCCCCGGUUAUGGUUGAACUUUUAUGUGCACAUGGUGCAAAUGUGAAUUUGGGUGUACGUACACCUUUGGAUUAUGCAGCUUCAUUUGGACGUGUUGAAAUCUGCAAGACCUUACUAAUUUGGGGCGCUGAUGUUAAUAAACAAGAUGUACAAGGUAGAAAACCUAUAGAUAGAGCUCGAGAACAUCCGGAUUUUCCUGGUUCACAGCAAGUAAUUGAUUUAUUGGAAUCCGAGUCAAAAAAAGCUUGUUUUAGAGGUCUGUCAUCGAAGUUAGAUAAAUCUGACAGGCAGCUAACAUCUGGUUCAUCAUCUACACCGUCACUAUCAUCUUCUGUAUCACUUCAUCAACAUCAAACUGAUCAAAUUCAGUCGAGUGAUCCUGCCGAAGCCCAACGUUUAUUUGUUUAUCAACUGCUUCCAUUGCUAGUUGGGUUGUUUAAGGAAAGCACAUCUUCUUCUGUAAGACAUCAAUGUAUACUUUUAGUUUGGCGUAUGAUUCAGUAUAUGCGACCUGAUCAUUUAGAGACAAUUAGUUUAAUGGUUAAUCAAUCAGUACCAUUCGCAUUCUCAUUAACACAAAUGAUCUAUACUGUGUUAAUUGAAGAACGAGAAGAAUUGAUUUCACGGGCAUUAGAAUUAAGUCUUCGUCUACUGCAUAAAACACCACAUAUUUACAUUUUGGUAUUCUAUCGUUUAGGCUUAAUCCCACUGAUACAAGUUAUAGUUGAUGUUUUACAUCAUUUAUUAAUAAUGAAAAAUAAGUCCGGCGUCACCGCUACUACCAUCACUACUUCUACAACUACAACUACAACUAAUGCUGGACAGCGGUUUUCUGUUCCAUCAUCAUCAACAUCAUCAGACGAAAACGAGGGAAAAGAUGUAUGUGCUGCUUCUGUCACUGAGAUAAUCACUGAUACAAGAACAUCUACCACCAACGGCAUGACUUCCACCACUCCUACUACUACCGCAGCAUCAAUAACACCUUCAAUUGCUUCUGCUUCGAGCACCACUACUACUACUGUUACUACUACCACAAGUUCAAAGGCGACGGAACUCAUAAAAGAACAUUUAUCAUUCAAGAAUAUGGAAACAAUUGACACUGAAAAUAAACCGAAAUCAUCUAAAACUGUUGAAGAGCAAGGAGUUUUUGACAAGCUGAUGAAUAUCAAUUUGAAUGAAGGUGAGAGUUACAUGUCUGAAAUUUUGUGUGCACCAAGAAAAGAAGAAAAAGAUCAGCAGCAGCAGCAACAACAACAAUCGUUGUCGCCUCCUACUUCUGUAUCUGAACGUGUUCACUUGAAUGCACAACUUUACAACUGGAAUGGAUGGUAUUUUUUCUGUAUGGGUCAAUUAUUAUCAAUUUUCAAUGGAUUCGCCUUUAUUACAAUACAAUUACAACCUGAGGAUGGUUGUCUACGUGUAUUAUGUAUUCAUUAUUCUGCGCAUAGAAACGGUCCAGUACCAAUGCAGUUGCAUCCCGGUGAAAACCCGUUUCCGCGUCCUGGUUUAAAAUCACGAAUGCUCCGUAUGCAUCAACAUUUAAUGGAGCUUAUUGAUAGUAAUAUCACAAUUACACCAUUGUUUAAAGAUGCUGUUACUGAAAAUUCAUUAACUGCAGAGAAUGAAGAAUGGCAAGAACAAACAAAUCACCCGGAUUUCAUGAAACAACAAACACAAUCAAAUAUUCUAACUCAUUCUAAUUUAUGUAAUUUAGAAGCCUCACGUAAUAAUGCACGACGUUUUCGUAGACGCUUAGGUCUACGUCAUGAUCCUAUUUCUAUUAGUUUAGCAACUACAACAACUGCAACUACACCAUUGACAGGUCAUACAUCUAAGCUUCAACGUCAAGCUUCAUCACCAGCUCGUGUUUUUCUUACUUCAAAAUUUUCAACAAAGCUUCCGAAUCAGUCUACUUCUACUGAAAGUGGUGGAUUUCCAACUGCAACUACUGCAGUAUCUUUUGGUUCAGUAAUUUGUAGUCUGGUAAAACAAAAAGAUGGGACGUACGUUUCUGUAAAACCACGUGCAUCUCCACUGUGUACUUCGAAACCAUUAUUCAAUGAGGCGUUGUUACUUUCAGAGAAUUUUUGUAGUGGUUUCAAACGUAUACUUGUUGCUUCGAUUAGUAAAGAAACACCAACCUCAUCUGUCAAUACAAAUACAACAUUAAACGAUUCAACAUCAAAAACACAAACUAAUCCAAAUGUAUCAUUAAAGUCAACUAAACGACAUUCAAGAAGUUUUGUAAGUAUGUUUGCACAACUUGAUCUACCAUCGACUAUCUCGCAAACACCUCUUAUUACUACUCCUUCUACUGCUAUUACUAAUAGUGGUAGUAGCGUAAGUAGUAUCACUAUUAAUACAACUACUAUGCCUAGUGUAUAUGGCACUUCCAUUUGUUCUCAGAGUAUACCGGAAAUUUUUGAUUUUGACUCAUUGAUUAAUUCAGAUUCAUUGAAUUUGGGCAUGGAUUAUUUAAAUUUUUGCAAUACUACAUCAUCUGAAACAACGCCGCAUAAAAAUGAUAUCACAACACAGUUUAUCGAUGAUGAUAAUGAUGAUGAUGAUGAGGAUGAGGAUGACAAUGAAAAAUCUAAUAAAACUGACCAAUCACUUACAACAGCUACUGAUAUGGAGUUGUCUAGAAUUGAUAAAUUAUUUUUUCCAAAUGAACUUAUCCAUGAAACAUAUAAUAGUGGUCAAUUAGUUGUGUUAUUACGCCCAGAAGAUGAUGAUGAUUCACGAACAGAGUUAGCUGUUGAACGUCUGAUUCUUAUGUUAACUUUAGCUAAUCAAUUAUUAGAGAAGCUACAAAUUGAUUCUGAUUCCUCAUCACAUAUCCAUACAUCAUCAUCAUCAUCAUUAUCAUCAGUGAUUAUUGAUAAAGUUGGCUCGAUCAAUGCAUUGAAUAGAAUUAAACUGAUAGUUAUGCAAAUAUGGCAUAUAUUUAGCACUGAUAAAGAUUAUUCAUUCAAUGUAACAUUGAAUAAAUUAUCGAAUGCGUUUAAAAAUUUAUCUGAUUUAUUAAAUGAAGGUGAACAAACAAUGACAGCCUAUGAAUUGACUACAAGUGGUUUAAUACAAGUUUUAUUAUUAUGCUUAUCCGUUGCACAUGCUAAUCGUUGGCAUAAUCAUACAUUUUCCAUGGAAUUGGAUAACGCAACAGCUUUAUUGUGGUAUCUUCAAGAAAGAAGACGUGUAUUUGUACAAAAUAUGUUAUCACAUUCCAGGUCAAAAAGUCUAUCACUUCUUGUUAGACGUUUAGUUCAAGCUUUUGAAUUAACAGAACAUCUUCCAUUACGAUUAUUUUCUGCAGCUCAUCUGCUACGAUCAUCUUCAUCUACAAACACUUCAUCAAAUCAUCAUGACACAUCCAAUCGUAAACUAGACAAAAACGCUACUACUACAUCUACAACAAAAACAACAACUACUACUACUAUUACUACUGAUAAUGAUAACAGUAGUAAUCGGUUAAUUACAAACACAAAAUUAAGUUAUAUUGCACCGACUCAUCUAAUAAAUAAAAUUGGUUAUUCUGCAUCGUUACCGCUAAAUUUUAUUAAUUUCUCAUUCAAUCAUUGUCAUCCAGGCAUUUAUACAGAUCAUGGUGAUCCAGUGUCUAUCAAUGUUAAACAACCAUUUCAAGAUAGUAUGGAUGCUAAAGAGCUUGCUGCUCUGUUACGUUUUUGUCCUAUUCUAUUGGAUUAUCCAGAAUUCAAUUCAUGUUUUAUGCCUAGUCUACUUCAAAUUGCUAAACGUUUACCUUUAUAUUUAGAUAAGUUAUCAAAAUCACCAUCUGUUGUCGAGUUGAAGAAUAAUAGUAGUGAUCAUAAUACUACUACUAGUACAGAGAAUAAAUUGCCUAAUAUUAAUGAUAAUAAAUCGAAGCGACUAAAUGAUUGGACUGGCAAAUUACUUUUUGUAAGCCCUUUAGCAACAGUUAGCCAAUUAGAACGUUUUCUUAAUCGUAUGUCAACAAAACAAUGGUAUGAAUGUUCCCGCCAUGAUCUGAGUUUAUGGAGUCAGAUUCAUUUAGCUAACAGUUUUGAUUCUAACACCGGUUUCUACUUUCCUGCUCCUCCACCGGGAAAUAGUUCAGCUGAUUAUCUCGGUGGUGUGAUCGACUGGCUUGCAACGAAUGGUAAUCGUCAUCCUUUAGAAGAUUGGAUUAAUCCAGCCAUUGUUGGAUUGAUUAGUAUAGCUGCAUCAACAAGUAGUCCUGUUAAAGGUAGAGCGGUUUCAGUAUUAGGACCUCAAGCAGGAGCUCUAGUCGGUGGUUAUACAAUCAGAGGUAGUGGAAUAGGAGUAGUGGUUAAACCAAAACGUAUGAGUUGUUCCAAUGUAUCAAAUCAAAAUGAAAAUCGAGGCAAGAAAUCGGUGUCUAAUCAAAAACCAAGUCAUACUUCAUUUUCUACGGCUUCUACUGUUAUGGAGAAUGAAACACAUGCUUGGAUAGCAGUUGAUUUAGGUCUACAAUUAAUACCUACUGCAUAUACUUUAGCUUAUUUAAGACGAGCUGAUGCUUCAGAACAUUCGCUAGCACCAAGGAAUUGGAAAUUAGAGGCUUCUAAUGAUGCAGUAACUUGGAUUGUUUUACGUGAACAUAAUAACGAUUCAAGUAUUCAAUCAGUUUCGGGUAGUCGUGCUACAUGGAGUAUAAAUUCACACAAUAAUAAUUGUAAUGAUGAUACUGCUAAAAAUGGUUCUUCAAUAUUUGACACAACAUAUACUAAAAAAUCUGUAAAAGGUUGGCGCUUUUUUAAAAUUCAAACAACCGGAACAAAUGCAAAUGGUGGCAAGCAGUUAGCACUUGGCGGUUUAGAAUUUUAUGGUAAUGUUUAUUCUGUGCAUGAUUCGGUAUUAACUCCUAGUGUUCUAGCACAGAAAAUCUAUUCAAUUUCAUCGGAAAGAAAAGAUAUUUCUCCACCGUAUGAAAUGAUAACAACAACAACAACGACAACAACAUCACAAUCACCAUCAUUAACAGUAAAUAUAAAACUGUCUGCAAAUAAUCAAACCAAUCAAAUUGAUCCGAACGAUAUCAAUACUGAUGUUGAUGAUAUGAAUAACAAUACACUGAUUCAAAGUAAUAUUGAAAAAAUAAAUGAAGAACAUAUCUCAUCAUCGAAAUCAUCUAAUUUAAAUAUUACACUUAAACAAAUCAAUGAUGAGGAUGAUGAUGAUGAUGAUGAUCAUGUUGAUGAAGCGAUUCGUUGUCAUCCUAUUACUGCUUUACUAUCAUCAUUGUCAUCUUCAUCAUCAUCAUCAUCAUCAUCACAACGAAAGAAUCGUAUAGAUGAUAGUGUCAAAGAAAAGGCGGAGCAACAUCCGGAGGAAGAAGACAACGAAGAACAUGAUAAAGAUAUUGGUGUACAAGAUGAUGAUGAUCUUGCAAAUAACACUGUUGCUGUUGUUGAUGAUAACAAUGAGGAUGAUGAUGGAGAUGAUGAUGAUGAUAAUGAUGAUGAUGUUGAAAAUGAGGAGAUUGAUGAUGGUGAUGUUAAAAAUAUGACUGAAAAAUUUUUAACUAAUGAAUCAAAUCAAAGUUUAAUGAAUAUUUUCUUCGAUGAAGAAGCUGGUUCUGAUGAUAAUACAAUGACUAGUGCGAAUAAAUCCGAAGUGGAUAUGAUUUUAGAAUUAUCUGCUAAAAAAUUAGAUCAUUUAAAUAUUUUAUCCAAUGGAACAAUUGAUGAUAAAUUAUUACGAUGCUUCAGGAAUCUUCUUGCUAAUGAUAAAUCAUCGCCAGAAUUAUGUCGACUUCUACGUCGUAUUGCAUCACAGGAUAUGGAAUAUGAUUUAUUGAAUAACUGUACAUCACGUAGUAUGGAUAGUAUACAUUCUACAGAAGGCGAACAUCAUCAUUCGAAAGUGAUGGUGACUGAUUAUCAAUCAGAGGAGGCACAAAGAAUGGAUCCGAUUUUUCUGGAUACUGGAGAAACUGAUAUUACAGAGCCUCGUAUUUGUUAUAUUGACCAGAGUAUUACAGAAGCGUCUGGUGAAUUUGAUGAACAGGAACCUGGUUCAGGUUAUCUACUCAAUACUAUUGAACCAGAAGCAUUGGAGUUUGCCGAUACCGUUGAAGCGAUCAUUCGUAGUAACACUGUUCAAAAUAGACAAAAUACUGAUAAUGAUAAUGUGAUUGAUUUAACUAUUGAUAAAUUAUCACCAUCAUCAUCAUCAUCACAUUCAUGGAAACAUUCUCAAUCAAUUCAAAAUCGUAAUCAUAAAAAUAAUACUCUCAUGUUAGUUGAUCAAUUAAUACACAGUGAUGAAGAGAUGAAAUCAGAUAAGAUUUGUGAAUCAACUGUAAUACGUUCUCAGACAUCGAUACCACGUAGUAAUUUACCAGUGAUUAAAACUAUGAAUACUGAACCUUGUACUGGUACCAGUGAGCUAUCUGAAAAUUCUGUUGAUCAUAAUCAACAAUUAAUUGAGCCUUAUCAAUCUUCUCAACAAUUAGAUGAAACUGCCUCAUAUAACGCAAACUUAUCAUCUGACAGUUCAGGAUUUCACGUUCCACCAUCCUCAUGGAAAUCAACACAUCAACAGCUUCGUCGCCGUACACGUCGUAAUCGACCACGUCCAGUGAUUUCUUCUGAAUCUAAAGAUACAUCUACCAGUCACUCAAAUUCAUCUCAUUCUAGUACUCCUGUAGUUCCUUUAUCAUGGAACGAAGCAACUGAUGUACUUCGCUUGCCAUUGGGUUUAAUUCCUGCUUUUAUUCCUAGUCCAGGUUCAACAAAUGCCCCAGGGACUACAGCUUAUGUACUUUGUCGACCUCCUUCUAAUGAACCUGAAUGUUCAACAAAUCACAAAGAUACCUAUUCACGUUUAUCAUUGUUUCUUGGAAUUUAUAUGAAUUCUGAAUAUCUAAUACAAAUACCAUUACGUGAUAAGAAUGCUACUUUAUUCAAAUGUAUUCAAAAAUUAUCAGAGAAAUUUGAAGCACUUGAAGAUUCUAGUAAAUAUCGUUUAUCCAAAUCAAUUGAUGGAAAUGAUAAGACAAAGAAUAGUUAUUUAAUUCAAUUAGGCUAUCGAUUUUCUGAUACAAAUGAUGAAUGUGUCAAAUCGUCUACAUUGGCAACCAUUUCAACACCUGACAUUAUCCAUAAUGAUAAUGAUGAUGAUAAUGAUCACAGUUGGAAUGAGUCAACAAUUCGAACAAUUUAUGGUCAAGCCUUAUUGAACAAACAUGAUUUAAGACUGACACCAUCAUUGGAUCGACCAUUAAGUUAUACAUCAUCCGGUAUUAAAAUACCUAUAAUUAGUGAUGAUCAUAAAGACAAGGAUGCUUUGAAUCAUGAUCUGAAUAAAUUAAAUUAUCCAAUUAUUAUAAACCAUUAUGAUGUUAACAAAUCUUAUCCACCAAGUGAUCCAGAAGAUAUUUUACAACUUAUCAAAUUAUUAUAUCAAUUAUCUGGUUUGAAAGAAUUCAAUUUAGAAAAUACUACUAAUAAUACUGAUCAUCAAUUAUUGAUUGAUAAAAAUGAAAUACAUAUGGAUGAUUUUAUAUCGACACGAUUAACUAAUAAGUUAUUACGUCAAAUACAUGAUCCUUUAGCAUUAGCAUCAGGUGCUUUACCGAAUUGGUGUUUAAGUUUAAGUCAACGAUUGAAUAUUCUUUUCUCAUUCAAUGCACGUUCUCAAUUAUUUUCAGCAUGUGCAUUUGGUCCAGCCAGAGCUGCUAUUUGGCUUCAGAAUCGUCCACUACAAAAACGUACUUAUUUGUCGCAUUCAGACACAUAUAGUCGUGCUGGGAGUGCGGGUAGUACAAGUGGUCGUUCAUCCUAUCGAAUCUUGCCAUCUGUUAAUGCUUCCUUGAUUUCUGCUCUCCUAAACAAUACCACCAAUACUACUACAACCAAUACUACCUCUGCUAAAAAUACUAGUAAUACACUAGAUGAUGAAAAUGCAUCAAUCAAUUCUAAUGAAGAUAUUGUAUUGCUACGCCCAUCAAUUUUAACUCAUUUAUUAAAUCUAACCGGUGUUAAUAAUGGUACAGCUCAUAAUAAUACUAAUAGCCUACAAACUACCGAAAGUCACACUACUAACAAUUUUGACAUCAAUUCGGACAAUAUCUCAUCGUUUGAAUCUAUUCUAACAAGUUUAGGAAUAUCUUUACCAUCAUCUAUUACUUCAUCGUUAAACUGUGAUACUACUUAUUUACCAGAUAGUAUUGGGGGCAGUACUACUACUCCUACUAAUAAUAAUAAUAAUGAUCUACUCAAUUGUUUAUUAGUACAUGCUAAUCAUACUGAUCAACAUUCAACUACAUCAACAGGAGGUACAACUACUACUCCGAAUGGUGGUGGUGGUGGUGGUGGUGUUGGCAAUGGAUUCAAUUCAGACGAUAGAUCGUCUUCACAAAUUGGUCGGUUACAUAAAGAAUUUGUUCGUAUUCCACGUUUACCACAUGAAUUAUUAACUCAAUUGUCAAGUAAAUAUGUAAAAUCUUCUCAUAAUUACUCUCAUCAUCAUCAUCAUCAUCAGUCAAAUAAUUUAACAUUUUGGCAUUGGGCAUCAAGACUUAUGGAAGAGCAUGCAUCUCGUAAAUCGGAAUUGGAAAUACAAUUUAUCGGUGAAGAAGGCACUGGUUUGGGUCCAACUUUAGAAUUUUAUUCACUUCUGGCUGCUGAGCUCCGUCGACGUGAUGGUUUAAUGUGGGUUACGGAUGAUUUCACCACGACUAAUGAACAACUCAAUCGACGUCAUUCACUUCUACCUACAGUUUCUAGUUCACCUACUAUAGAUCAACAUGUUAUCUCAAAUGCUGGACAUAAUCAAUCAGUUUACAAUGAUUUAGAUAAUAUUGAUGAAGCAAAUAUAUAUGUGAACACACCUUGUGGCCUGUUUCCAGCUCCAUGGCCAGGAGAUCAAGUUCCUGAAUCGGUACUUUAUCGUUUCUUUAUCUUGGGAAUAACGGUAGCAAAGUGCCUUCAGGAUAAUCGUCGUAUUGAUUUGCCUCUAUCACCACCAUUAUUGAAACUUCUUUCUGCCUAUGGUAGUGUUGUCAACACUCCCACUUCCAGUGAUCAUAAUUCAGGAAAGUGUCAUCAUUCUGCGAAUAAUAAUUCAAUGGCCAAUAAUGAAACAAUGAAUACUGUAGAUUUCUCUGUCCUAUCAGAUGUUGAAAGUGCUUUUCAAAAUCUUUUAUAUGGUUGUUCUUAUUCAUCCUCAACAAGUCAGUCAAGUUCUCCUACAAUCGAUCGAUUCACUACAAAUCCAUUGACUCUUAAUGAUGUUAAUGCUGACGCUGACGCCGAUGAUGAUGAUGAUGAUGAUGAUGAGAAGUUUAAUUUAGCCUCGUUUCUUAUCAGUCCACAAUAUAAACGAUUAUGCCAAUGUUGUAAAUCAACUAGUCAAAUUAAUAAUCAUAAUUUACAAUCUUCAACACAUUGGAUUUCGGGUUUAUUAAAUUUAAAUGAUUUUUGUAUGAUUUAUCCAGAACGUGCACAAUUUUUAAAACAAAUAGUAGAAUUUCACUGUCGUAAAUCGAAACUUUUAAAUCAAGACGCAAAUGAAGAAUGUAUUAAUGAUUUAGCUGUAGAAAUAUUUGGUUGUGAUCUGGUUGAUCUUUGUCUAUCUAUGGAGUUUCUUCCAUCGUCCAAGCUUUUCGGAUUUUCAUCUUUUCCACUGAAAGAUGUUUAUCACUGGGAAACAAUUACAACUAAUGAUAAUAAUAAUGAUCAUUAUUAUACAGAAGAAUCAUUAGACACAAAUGUAACAGAGAAUUCACAAUCUGUUAUUGCACCUGUUUCAAUUCAUAAUAUUGAAAAAUAUUUAGAAUUAACAUUAGCCUUUUGUUUGGAUAAAGGUAUUCGUAAACAAUUGGAUGCAUUCAAAGAUGGUUUUCAACGUGUCUUACCACUUCGUUGGUUAGCUUUAUUCAAUAAUACUGAAUUAGGUCAAUUAAUUGCUGGUGAUUCAGUAGUACAAUGGACACGUGAAGAUCUUUUAGCGUAUACAGUGCCAAGUUUAGGUUUCACUAAACAAUCACCAACAUAUCAAAUGUUAAUUAAUGUAUUAAGUAAUUUCAAUCCAAUUGAACGUCGUGCUUUCUUACAAUUUACAACAGGUUGUUCUAGUCUACCACCGGGUGGUUUAAAAAAUCUACAUCCACGUUUACGUAUUGUACGCAAAGAAAUCACUAAUAGUGGUCCAUAUCCUAGUGUGAAUACAUGUGUACAUUAUUUAAAAUUACCAGAAUAUCAAUCAGAGAAAGAAUUACGUACACGUUUAUUACAAGCAACCAAAGAAAUUGGUUUUUACUUAAACUAA